AUGCGUGAGGAGGUGGAAAAGUCGGUUUCUCCUCCGCUGCUGUGCGAGGUCUCCCGGGGCUGGGCCUGCGCCCUCCCUUCGGGCUGGUCGCCCUGUCUGCCCGCCACCCGCCCGGGUUGCUCCCUCGCUCCCACUUGUGCUAGUGCAGAACAAUACAAUACAGUUGUGCAGAAACCAAGGCAAAUACUCUGCCAGUUUAUUGACAGAAUUCUUACAGACGUAGAUGUUGUUGCUUUGGAACUGAUUAAGAAAUCGGAUUCGCAGCCAAGUUCUGUGAUGUUGCUUGAUUUUAUUCAGCAUAUCAUGAAAUCUUCCCCGCUUAUGUUUGUAAAUGUGGAUGGAAAUCAGGAGGAAAUUGAGUCCAGUUGCAUUGGUUUUAGUAACUGGAUCAUAACAAGGCUUCUCCGAAUUGCUGCCACUCCAAACUGCAACACAUUGCACAAAAAUAUUUGUGAUGUCAUUUGUUCUUUACUUUUUCUGUUUAAAAUGAAGAAUUGCUCCAUUUUUGAAGCACUGACAAAAGACUUGCUACAGCUUUUCCAAGACUUAAUUUUCCUGCAUGAAAGAGAUACACGACAGCAUCUCGGGCAAGAUGGACUGGUCUGGCCAAUGACUGUAGAGAGAUUUUCAACCAAUACAAGUGACGAUAUGGGUUAUUUAAGAUUGGCACCAUUACAACUGAUGGGUAUGCCCAAUGUAGACUGUCUUGAAGUUAUCUUAACAUCUAUUCUGACAGAUAUUGUUGCAGAUAUGUUUUUUGUACAACAAGAUAUUAUUCUCUGGAGCAUAGGCUGCUCCCUUUUGGAGUAUGGCAGUCAAAAAGUUAAAGCUUUGGCUGUGAAGUUUUUAGUAAAAUUAAUUCAUUUAGGUGGACCUCCAGAACAGCUUGCCAGUGUUUUCUUCACAGUCUUUUUUGAAACUCUGCAAUCAACACUUGAAAUGCAUACUGAAGAAUCAGAGUUCUUUGGAGAACCACUCUUACUGUUGGUGAGGACAUUGUUGCCUUUUGAACCGGAUUCUUACAAAAAUAUUGAACCUGUCUACUUGAACAUGCUACUAGAGAAGCUCUGCGCAUUGUUUGAAGGUGAUGUGUUUAGUUGUCUGCAGUCUGAAAAUCUGCAAGCUGCUUUUUGCCAUAUACUGCAGUAUUUUCUGGAGAUUGUUCCAGCCGGCUAUGAAUCUGCCUUACAAGUUAGAAAAAUCCAUAUCGCUACCAUAUGUGAUAUUUUUGUGAAUGUGCUUGGAACUCAGGAGGAACAAGAGUAUCUGGUGAGUCCACUUUAUACGGCAUUAAAAACGCAAACAGAAGAAAUCUUUCAGGAGCUUCAUCAGAAACAGGUAAAUACUUCUGAUACUGAUGAGUGGAGCAGCAGCAGUGAUGAAGUCCCAGAGAAAAGACAACGACUAAGCCUCUCAACAAAACAUCUGAAGACAUCACCUACACCAGUAAUACUUCGUCCUGUAAACAUGAAAUUGAAGAGCACUCUAUGGAAUGCUAUCACAAAGAAAGCUGCAUCCUUAAUACUUAUCCUUGAGAAAGAAAUUGUGACAGCAGAUAUUCUUCAGACUGUAGAAGGGAUUGCUGUAGUUCUGCGACUAGCUGCUCUGUGCAUAGUUCAUUGUUCUCCCAGAACAAACUCUACCAGGUAAAGUAUAGAUCAUAAAGAAACUCAUCCAUGUAACUCUGACACGUGUAAGAACACUCCAAGCUCCUCAGAUUCAGCAAUGAAUAUACAGUUCACAUGGAUUUCCUCUGAUUUUAUCACAAGAGUAGUGAAAGUUUGCAGAAACCUGUUAGAGGCUGCUACACAGAUUAUUAACCUACAGCAAGUGAUUGAUAGAAUAGUGAAAAUCUUUGAUGCUUUGCUGUAUGCACAAGUGAAAAUUCCACUGAAUGAUCAAAUUCUUGAUAACUUAUGUGGAUUGCUGUCUCUGCCCUGGAUUUACAGCCAUUCUAAUGAUUCUUCUUUUAAGCCGUCUGCUUUUGUGUUUGAUCCUCUAGUUCUGAGUAAAAAAACUGCGAAGGGAUUCUCACCCCAGACUCAGUCACACUGUGCGUUCCUUCUGUCUCUCUUCCCAAGAAACAUUCAUUUGGAUUGGAGAAGAUCCAUUUAUCAUUGGGCACUACAAAGUCCCCAUGAAGUAAUUCGGGCUACUUGUGUUAGAGGAUUUUCUGUCCUGCUUCAUCCACCAAGUGGGCAGUCCUGCACUGUCAUUCCCGAAGCUCUUUUAAAUCAAAUCAAAGAUGAGUCUGAGCUAGUCAAGGAGGCUUGUGCUACUAUAGUGGGGAAAUUAUCUUGCUGUCUUUCUGGGACAUUCAGCAUACGACCUUCUUUAGCAGACUCUGCUAUUAAUCGUGUUACUUGCGAUAUUUUAUGUAGCAGCCUUACUGUGGCUUCAGCUCAGGAAAAAACUUGCUCUGUGCAAGCCUGUAUAUUCAAGCCAUUUCUUAUUCUCCUUGAGAACAAAGUAUCCAGUUCAGUAAAGCUAGCAUUUAUAGAAAAUAUACCUCAUCUUUGCAAACAUCUCGAUUUUAACACUGAUGAGGCCAGUGUGAAGGUUCUUGUUGGGUCUUUAUUAAAUCUAAUGGAAGAUCCAGACAAGGAUGUAAGAGUGGCUUUCAGUGACUGCAUAAAGAACAUACUAGAAUCCUUAGACUCUGAAGAAGGAUUCAUUAAAGAGCUGUUUGUUUCAAGAAUGAAGGAAGCCUAUACAAAUGCCAAAAUAUCAAGAAAUAAUGAGCUUAAAGAUACCUUGAUUCUCACAACAGGAGAUAUUGGAAGGGCAUCAAAAGGAGAUUUGGUACCAUUUGCCCUCUUGCAUUUGUUACACUGUUUAUUGUCUAAGUCAGCUUCUGUGGCUGGAGCAGCAUAUACAGAAAUUCGAUCUCUGGCGGCGGCUAAGUCCAUAAAACUGCAAGCUUUUUUCAGUCAGUACAAGAAGCCUAUCUGUCAGUUUUUAGUGGAAUCUCUGCACUCCAGCCAGAUGGCAGUAUUGAGUGCUCCAUGCCAUGGUAAUGAACUACAGAAACAAACAGCUGCUCACCAGAGGGAAAUGGCUCUGGACAUGUUAUCCGAUAUUGCCAGUGUAUUUGAUUUUCCAGAUCUAAAUCGCUUUCUCUCACGGACUCUACAGGUUUUGAUUCCUGACCUUGCAGCCAAGGCUAGUCCUGCAGCCUCCACACUUAUUCGAAUCAUAGCAAAACAGCUGAACGUAAACCGAAGAGAGAUUUUAAUCAAUAAUUUCAAAUACAUCUUCUCUCAUUUGGUCUGUUCCUGCUCCAAGGAUGAGCUUGAGCGGGCACUUCAUUACCUCAAGAACGAGACCGAGAUAGAACUGGGCAGCUUGCUGAGGCAGGACUACCAGGGACUGCAUAAUGAAUUAUUGCUGCGUAUAGGAGAACACUAUCAACAAGUCUUCAACGGUUUGUCAAUAUUGGCUUCAUUUGCAUCUCCUGAUGAUCCCUAUCAGGGACCUAGAGAAAUAACAUCAGCUGAUCAAAUGGCUGAUUAUCUGCAACCAAAAUUGCUUGGUAUCUUGGCUUUUUUUAACAUGCAGUUACUGAGUUCCAGUGUUGGCAUUGAGGAUAAAAAAAUGGCUUUAAAUAGCCUUAUGUCUUUAAUGAAGCUCAUGGGUCCCAAACACAUCAGUUCAGUAAGAGUGAAGAUGAUGACUACACUGAGAACAGCUCUAAGAUACAAGGAUGACUUUCCAGAACUGUGUUGCAGAGCCUGGGACUGUUUUGUUCGAAGUCUGGACCAUUCAUACCUUGGCUCCUUGCUUAGUCAUGUGAUAGUAGCAUUAUUGCCCCUUAUACAUAUCCAACCGAAGGAAACUACAGCAGUAUUUUACUUUCUCAUAGUUGAGAACAGGGAUGCAGUACGGGACUUUUUACAUGAAAUAUAUUUUUUGCCUGACCUUCCAGAACUAAAAGAAAUUCAGAUCGUCCUUCAGGAGGACAGAAAGGAAUCCUCCAAAAGCACCGACUUGCAGACAACACUACAGCUGUCUAUGAGAGCUAUUCAGCAUGAGAAUGUGGACGUUCGUAUUCAUGCCCUUACAAGCCUGAAAGAAACAUUAUAUAGAAAUCAGGAAAAAUUGAUAAAGUUUGUAACAGACAGUGAAACUGUGGAGCCAGUCAUCUCCCAGUUGGUAACUGUACUUCUGAUCGGCUGCCAGGAUGCAAAUUCCCAAGCCCGUCUACUUUGUGGAGAAUGUUUGGGUGAACUGGGAGCUAUAGAUCCCGGUAGGCUUGAUUUUUCAACAAGUGAAACUCAAGGAAAACAUUUUACAUUUGUGGCUGGUGUGGAGGAUCCAAAUUUUGCCUAUGGAUUAUUAAUGGAACUGACCAGAGCAUUCCUUGCUUAUGCUGAUAAUGUUCGUGCUCAGGAUUCUGCAGCAUAUGCAAUUCAGGAGUUAUUGUCUAUCUAUGACUGUAGAGAGGCAAGCUCUGACUGCGCAGGCUCCAGGCUUUGGAGGAGGUUUCCGGAGCAUGUGCAGGAGAUCUUGGAACCUCAUUUAAAUACACGGUACAAGAGUUAUCAAAAGGCUGUAAAUUGGUCUAAGAUGAAGAAACCAAUUUAUUUAAGCAAAUUAGGUGAUAAUUUUGCAGAAUGGUCGGCAACUUGGGCAGGCUAUCUUAUAACAAAGGUAAGAGAAUAA